UUACCGCGCGGCCUCGAGCCAGUCGCGAGCUCAGCGAAGUAGCGAGAGGAGCCUUAAAGGGGCCGCGCUUGCCUCUCGCCCCAUGGGGAGGCCCGUCCUCGGGCCUGCUGCGGGAGCCCCGACGCUUACCGACGGGCAUGCUGGCUCCAGCCGCUGACGACGACGACGCCACCUGCUGCUCUUCCUCCUCCGCCCCCGUCAGCCGCCGCCGCCCGCCUGCCGGGCUGGGGCCAUGCUAGGCCCGCAGGGGGCGCCCCGUCUUCUCCUGCCGCCUCCGCCGCUGCUGCUCCUGCUGCUCCUGCUCUUGCCCGGGUCGGAGGCGGCGGCGGGCGGCAACAAGACCGUAGUGCAGAAGGAGGCCGACUUCGACAAGCCCUACACGGACGCAGUCAACGGCGAGCUGCUCAACAUCUACGCCUUCAAUCACACAGUCACGAGGAACGCGACGGAGGGAGUCCGGGUGUCGGUGAACGUGCUCUCAGAGCUGAAGGAGACGCCGGUGCUCUUUGUGGUCAGGCAGAAGGAGGCCGUGGUGUCGUUCCAGGUGCCGUUAAUCCUCAGGGGCCUGUACCAGCGGAAGUACCUCUACCAAGAUGUCAGCCGCACACUGUGCCAACCUCAGACCAAGAGUGAGGUGGAGAUGCAGUUCUUCUAUGUGGAUGUUUCUACGCUGUCCGUGAGCAACGCCUCCUACCAGCUGCAGGUCACUCGUGUGGAUAACUUUGUGCUCAGGACCAAUGAGCACUUCACCUUCAAUGCCACGGCAGCCCAGCCACAGUAUUUCAAGUAUGAGUUUCCGGAGGGUGUAGACUUUGUGAUAGUGAAGGUGACCUCCGCCAUGGCCUUCCCCUGUUCUGUCAUUUCCAUCCAGGACAUCUUGUGCCCUGUCUACGACCUGGACAACAACGUGGCCUUCAUCGGCAUGUACCAGACCAUGACCAAGAAGGCAGCCAUCACUGUGCAGAAGAAGGAUUUCCCCAGCCACAGUUUCUACGUGGUGGUUGUGGUGAAGACAGAAGACCAAGCUUGUGGUGGGCCGCUGCAUUACUACCAGUUUUCCAAAGACGAACCUGUUGACCAAGGCAACCGCCAGAAGACCCUGGACGUGGUGGUAUCGCCAGCAGUCACUUCACAGGCCUAUGUGAGUGGGAUGCUGUUCUGCCUUGGGGUUUUCCUCUCCUUCUACGUCCUGACGGUCCUCAUCGCCUGCUGGGAGAACUGGAGGCAACAGAAGAAGAAGAAGCAACUGGGACUGUUGGCUGCCAUAGAAACACCCAGUACUGAAACUGGGCAUCCCCACAUCACCCCAGACUCCUUCCUGGGGCGCCAGCCUUACAACGGCUACAGUUAUGGUUCCUUUGGUGAGUCCCAGGGGCAGAUGGUGCCUCCCCCUGAAGCCCCUCACCCCACCUGUGCUGCAGACAACGGUUCUACGGCCAGCACAGAAAAUGUCACUGACAGCCUGCUGUCCACAGAAGCAUCCUACAGUUACGCAGGGCAGGAUACCUGUCAGCAUCGCCAGAGACACUGGGCCAUUGCAAUGGAUCGCUCCCUCGAGAACAUGGCGGGGCGCCCACGGCUCGACUCGCUCAGCUCUGUGGAGGAAGACGACUACGACACGCUAGCCGACAUCGACUCGGACAAGAACGUCAUCCGCACCAAGCAAUACCUGUAUGUGGCGGAUCUGGCCCGCAAGGACAAGCGGGUGCUGCGGAAGAAAUACCAGAUUUACUUCUGGAAUAUAGCUACCAUCGCUGUCUUCUAUGCUCUGCCCGUCAUCCAGCUGGUCAUCACCUAUCAGACCGUGGUGAACGUCACCGGGAACCAAGACAUUUGCUACUAUAACUUCCUGUGCGCCCACCCGCUGGGCAAUCUCAGCGCCUUCAACAACAUCCUCAGCAACAUGGGCUACAUCCUGCUGGGGCUGCUCUUCCUGCUCAUCAUUCUGCAGCGGGAGAUCAACUACAACCGGGCACUGAUGCGCAACGACCUGCAAGCUGUGGAAUGUGGCAUCCCUAAGCACUUUGGCCUCUUCUACGCCAUGGGCACUGCCCUCAUGAUGGAGGGGCUGCUCAGCGCCUGCUACCAUGUCUGCCCCAACUACACGAACUUCCAGUUUGACACCUCUUUCAUGUACAUGAUCGCCGGGCUCUGCAUGCUGAAGCUGUACCAGAAGCGGCACCCGGAUAUCAAUGCCAGCGCUUACAGCGCCUAUGCUUGCCUGGCCAUUGUCAUCUUCUUCUCGGUCGUUGGGGUGGUCUUUGGCAAGGGCAACACGGCUUUCUGGAUCGUCUUCUCCAUCAUCCACAUCCUCUCCACUCUGCUGCUGAGCACCCAGCUCUACUACAUGGGCCGGUGGAAACUGGACUCUGGGAUCCCGCGCAGAAUCUUGCAUGUGCUUUACACGGACUGCAUCCGCCAGUGCAGCGGGCCCAUGUAUGUGGAUCGAAUGGUGCUGCUAGUGAUGGGCAACGUCAUCAACUGGUCUCUGGCUGCUUACGGCCUUAUCAUGCGGCCCAACGACUUCGCCUCCUACCUUCUGGCCAUUGGCAUCUGCAAUCUCCUCCUCUACUUCGCCUUUUACAUUAUCAUGAAGCUCCGGAGUGGGGAACGCCUCAAGCUGAUCCCCCUGCUCUGCAUCAUUUGCACUUCUGUCGUCUGGGGCUUUGCCCUCUUCUUCUUCUUCCAGGGGCUGAGCACCUGGCAGAAAACGCCGGCCGAGUCCCGCGAGCAUAACCGAGACUGCAUCCUGCUCGACUUCUUUGAUGACCACGACGUCUGGCACUUCCUCUCGUCCAUUGCCAUGUUUGGCUCCUUCCUGGUAUUACUGACUCUGGAUGAUGACCUCGAUUGUGUCCAGCGUGACAAGAUCUAUGUCUUCUAGAGGCCAGGAUUCCCCAGCAAGGGGGGAACGGGGGCUUUCCUGCCUGCUGGCUUGGGACAGGCCUUGCAAAGGCUUCUGGCUGGAGCCAGGAUUUGCAACAGGCCUCCCUACCCGUUCAAAUGCAUCGUGAAGAUGUCACCUUUGGCAGAGCCUGCAGGAGCAACCUAGGCUGACGGUGGGGGGCACACCCUCUUUCAGUAUUUGAGUCUUCACGGUGCUGGAUGCCCCGGGCAACUUUGAAUGUUGCCUGUCUUGCAUUUCCAAGAGCUCUGGAUGCCAGGCAGGCUCCGGCUGUGUCGCUUGGUCCCGCUGCUGCGCCAGGUUUUCAAGGAAAUCGGCACCUCGUUGGCUGCCAGCCUCUGAGGGUUGGCCUAUGUGCCCACCUACUCCCCUGGGCAUGGCUUGGGUCAAUAGGGAAAUGAUAGUUUCCCCCCUGCCGCUGCCUCCUCCUCCUUGUUAAAGGGGUGGGGGCUUGUUGUUAGGGGCCAAACUGGGGUCUUGCACUUCCAGCACGGGGCUCAGGAGUGGGCUGGGCAGCAGCUCCUAGGCAAAGGGGCUAACAGGAGCCUGCCUUGGGGGCCCUCGCCCUGGGAGUUCUGCAUCCGCCCAUUGCCUCACGCACAUUUCUGUCAACCCUGAGUUAAGCACAUCUUCCCCCUCUGCGGCUGAGGCCACGUUGCCUCCUAUCUCUGGACAAAGACUUCUGACCUCCAUGAUGCUGCCACAACUGGUGUGAUCUUCCUUCCAAGCGUGGCCUUUCUGAGGGGUGGGUGGCGCUCAAUGGGGCCCCUCUUGCCAACUAGAUGCCACUGCCCUUGCUCUGGGAUGACUGCCAUGCCCAGGAGGAAGGGGGCACCGUUUUAUCUCUGUUCUUAAAGCACACGCGGCAUUGGGGAAGGGGCUCUCUCUUCAGUGCCUAACUAAAUUAGGGUGGCAGGUUGGGCUCUGUCUCCUUGUCUCCCCUUCCGCCUGCCACUGGGUGGGCCUUGGCAGCUGCGUCGCCCCCUGACGGUUUACACUGCACUGCCUGAAGAUGUUCGCUCCUUUUUACUCUUUGUUUUCUGCUCAGACCUAGAAUCCGAUCCAGGAGGCCUCUCUCCUCUCGUUGUUCCAUACGAGCUGCCCAAAGUAGCCGUACUAAUAACAGUUAUGGGUGGCCACUCCAGGCUGCAAGCCAAAGGCCUCCUUCAGUGGCCCCCACCCACUGCACUACUGAGCAAAGAGCCUUCCCCCCCCCCAAAAAAAAUAACAAUGAGAAGGGCCUCCUACAUUCGUCCAUUCCUGGUUAUUGAUUGUGAGUUUGUUUGUUUUUUAACCAUUAUUUGUGUAAGACAUUGCAGAACAAAAUAACCGUUUUCAUUUCUUACGGAUUCUGCUGCCAAAUGCAAAGAAAUAAACAAAAGCCUUGCUUUGCC